AUGCCAGGCAUCAUACGCGGGUCUCGACCAGGUGUUGUUUCCAUCGACGUGGCAAUCAACCAGUAUAAGAGGACAGGGUAUUGGGAAGCCGCGCUGCAAUUGUUGCGCGAGGCGUCCCACGCACGUGCGAAAGUGGGCCGUGGCCACUACACCACGGUUGUCACCGCAUGCGGGCAAGGCAAGCAUUGGCAACAGGCGCUGUCUCUUCUCAGUGUCAUGGGUGAAGCGGAGUUGGAGCCUGAUGUUAUCAGCUACAGUGCUGGGAUCAGCGCUUGCAAGAAAGGCGGACAGUGGCGGCAUGCCCUCUCGCUGUUGGACGACAUGCGGAGCGCGAGGCUGGCGCCCACGGUCUUAACCUACAGCGCUGGGAUCAGUGCGUGCGGGAAUGGAGGACAGUGGCAGCAAGCUCAAUCACUGAUCGUCGAUAUGCGGGAGGCUCGCUUGGAAAUUGAUGUCCAGGGCUAUAGCAUCGGGGUCAGCGCGUGCGAGAAAUGCGGUCAAUGGCAGCAUGCUCUGUCGCUGCUAGGCGAGAUGAAGGAUGCGACGUUGGAGCCCGACGUCAUCCUCUACAGCGCUGGGAUCAGCGCGUGCGGGAAAGGCGAACAGUGGCAGCACGCCCUCUCACUGCUGGACGACAUGCGGAGCGCGAGGCUGGCGCCCACGGUCUUAACCUACAGCGCUGGGAUCAGUGCGUGCGGGAAUGGAGGGCAGUGGCAGCAAGCUCAAUCACUGUUUGUCGAUAUGCGGGAGGCUCGCUUGGAAGUGGAUGUCCAGGGCUACAGCAUCGGGGUCAGCGCGUGCGAGAAAUGCGGUCAAUGGCAGCAUGCUCUGUCGCUGCUAGGCGAGAUGAAGGAUGCGACGUUGGAGCCCGACGUCAUCCUCUACAGCGCUGGGAUCAGUGCAUGUGCGGUCUGCGAGCAAUGGCAGCAGGCUUUGAUUUUGCUUAGCGACAUGCGGAACGCGAAGUUGGAGCCGAACGUCAUCAGUCUACAGCGCUUGUAUCAGUGCGUGUGGGAGGGGCGAGCAGUGGCAGCAGGCAUUGUCGUUGCUCGGGGAGAUGUGGGAGUUGAGGAUUGA